CUAGGAAAUUCAAGGAAAUUCCCAAUUUGCUGCUUUGAUUCAACAAAAAGACGACGGCGCACACAAUGCGAGCGGGUCAGUGACAUGGCCGAGGGCUGCGAGGACUCUGCCGGCGCCGCUGAAUCCACCACGUCACAGUAUAAGCUCGACAAGAUGCUGGGUACGGUGCUGCCCUGCGAGGCGGCUAUUGUAGCGACGCCCGGCAGCAGCAGCAGCAACAACAAUAACAACAAUAACAGCAGCAGCAACAGCAACAACAACGGCAGCAGCAACAACACUGCCAGCAACAUUGUAAAGCGAGAGUUUUGCGAUGGCAGCAUCAUGCCAGGUGCUAGUGUCAACAACAACAACAGCGCCGUCAGCAACAAUAACAACAACAACAACAAUACCAAAAUGCAAGCAUUGAUAUGCAGCAGCAGCAGCAACAACAAUAUUAACAGUAGCAACAAUAACAACAACAGCAAUGCCAACAGCAGCAGCAGCUCAUCAUCAUCCUCCUCCUCCAGCUCAUCCAGCUCGUCCAGCUCGUCAGCCAGCACUUUGACCAGCUGUACCACCGCGGCCGUAGUGCCCUCCAAUUGCUCCACAAAUGCCAACAAGUCGCCCGGUUCGCCCUACUCCCAAGGCACGAUCGGCAUCGGCGUCGCCCUCGCCAGCCCCCUGCGCGAGGCCAGCCCGCUGCUCAGCCGCUGCUCGCCAGCGGCCGCUGCGGCGCAGUCACCAUGUGGCGGUGCCACGCCCGCUUCGCCGCCAUCUGUCUCCUCCAACAGCUCGUCGCAUGUGCUGGCGCUCAACAUCAAAACCGAGUCG